ACUUGUUCCUAAUUAAAACCAAAAAACCCUAAAUCACUCUCUCCGUACCGUUCAUCUCCCCAAACAGCGUUACUAUGGUCAAAGGUGAUUUCGCCUCCGGCUCUUGUUCAGAUAAGAGGAAGAAAGAGUUGGUCGAUUCUAUGGUUGAUGAGGAGCCUUCACUUGAGGAGCAGGAGAAAGCUUGUCAUAAAGCUAUAGCCAAGUGGUUCACUCGCGCUGGGAUUAAUCCUAAUAAAAUUAAGCUCCCUUCCUUUGCAAAGUUUAUGAGUUACCUCAAUCCUCAUUUUCCUCCUAGUGCUUCUAAAGUCGAGAAGGAAGCUCUCGAGUUAUACAAAGAAUGUAAAGAGAAGGCUAAGAAGUUUCUCAAGGAUUUUGAUGGGCAGGUAACACUCUCUUAUGAUUAUAUGGUUCUUGUGAAUGAAUUCACUAGGGAUUACAUUAAAGGCCCCAUUUUGCAUGAGGAUUUCGUCUGUUUGACCGCUCAUUUCGUUGAUGACAACUGGAGGAUGAAGAAAUGGAUCUUGGGGUACACUACUACUGACCAUAAGAUACCUAAGGAUGAUGUUUAUGGUUACCCUUUUAAGAACGCUGUUCAGGAUUUCGAGAUUCAGAGCAAUGUCUCUGCUCUUCUACUGCCUAACGAUGUGGAUUAUGAUGAAGAAACGUUGGAUCCUUUCAGGAAAUGGAUUGAAGAGAAAGGGAAUAAUCAGAUCAUCCCGCGGGUUUCUCUGCUUUAUUGUUGUGCUGAUCUUUUCCGGUUAAUGGUUGAUGAUCUGUUUGGUCCCUUAUGGUUCCUGCUGGAGGAUGUUCGUAUGUUGGUUGGAUGGGGAAGAUGUUCAUCGACCAACUGGAACGUCACUUUGUUUCAUCUGCAGCAAGGUGUUGAUCUGAAAGCUGAGGAUGCAUUCUCUAAGGACGAGAUUUACGAUGAUUAUGACAAACCAUCUGAUGAAGAUUGGAUUAAGAUUGAAACUUAUUGCAAACUCACUGGUUGUAUCUAUAAAGUGGCAAAGGUUCUUUUCGAGGGAGAGUAUUCGACAUCUAAUGUUUUCUUUCACCUUCUUGCUGAGCUGAAGCUAAUGUUGAACCAAGAGCUUGCGAAUGCUGAUGAUGAUUACUUCCUCGGCAAAGCUAAGAAGAUAUUGGAGAGGUUUGAUAAGUACUGGAAUAGUAUGUUUCUGGUUUUGGCAACUGCUUCUCUAUUAGAUCCUCGGUUCAAGACGAAGUAUCUUGAGUUUUACUGCUCAAAGAAGGAAGUCAAUGUUGAAGGUUCAAAAGCUGAAACUGUUUUGGACUAUUUGAGCAAUCUCUAUGCUCGCUAUGCAGCUAGCAACAUCUCUCAGAAACCAAUAUCCUCGGAUGCUUCAAUUGACUCCUCUGACUCUGAAAAAGAGGAAGAAGAAGAUUAUGAUGAUGAAUGGGAAGAAGAAGAAUAUGAUGAUGAUGAAGUAGAAGGAGAAGAUUACGAUGAAGGAAAAGAAGGCAAAGAAGAAAAAAAGAAGGACAAGGAAGAGAAGAAGCCUGAUGCGUACGAGGACUUUGUUUUGUUUCAGGAAUAUCUCAAGUUUGAAGGAUCUCCAAGAGAGCUUCAUGAAUCAGAGCUUGACUCCUACCUUAAAGAACCGGUUAUGGAGUGGAACAAAGACUUCAAAGCAUUGGACUGGUGGAGAGAAGAGAGCCAAAAGUUUCCAAUACUCUCCCGAGUAGCUCGUGACAUUCUCUCCAUUCCAAUCUCAUGUGCCACAUCGUGGGAUGCUUAUGUUGUGUUCAAAAGAGAGCCACCUGAGUUUGUUCUCUCCAUGGAACCAGAACUUGCUAACGCGAUGAUGUGCAGCAAAAAAUGGUUACGCCUCUAGAGAUAUGUCAGGAUUGGUAAGAACUUCCUUCUUCUUUUCACUGGCAAGAACUUAAAAUGCUUUUGCGAUUAUAUGAAACUCAUAUCUCUGUUAUUUAGUACUUUCGCUUGCCAUUUGUUCUUUCUCUUUUUUUGCUGUUUUGAAAAGAAAAAAAACGGUUCACUACUUUAUUUUGUUGGAUUACU